CAAAAAAAAAAAAAUCAAAGACUCUCUCUCUCGUUUCGAUCUCAAAGAUUUCACCGACUAAUCGGAGUUUGGAUCGGAGAUUGGAUCCGGGAAUUCAUCGGGAAUCCUUUGUGGGGUUUGGAUCUGUAAAUGGCGCUUGGCUCAAAUUAGUCUUGAUUUUCCUUAAAUCUACUUCGUUUUGCAAUUGAUCAUUUUCGUGAAGCUUGCAGAUCCGUCGAUCUCUCGCGGAGAUUUUUGUGAGGGUUUAGGUUUAGGGUUUUUAUCCCGAUUUCGAUAGCGUUUACAAAUUGAUGGCUUCGACUCCUCAAUUCCUGCUGGAUGAUCAAACGGACGAGGAUUUCUUCGACAAACUUGUUGAUGACUCCUUCUCUCCCAGCGAAGCUCACGCUUCAUCUUCUGCUAAAGAGCUGAAAUUCGACGACGGAAGUGACUCCGAUGACGCCAAAGCGUUUGCGAAUCUCUCCCUCGUUGACGAUUCUGUGGGUGAUGGGGACGUAACAUUGAACGAAGCAGGCCCGAGGAUCGAUGUUGCAAACGAGGGUACAAGUAGUUCGCUGGGAAAAGAAGAGCCUUCAUCAAUUGCUAUGGAAGCUGUUCAAUUUGCGCACAGUGAUGACAAUAAGUUAAGAGAUGAUGUGCUGAGAUCGGAGGUUGAUGAUAUGCCACUAUCUGAAACAGCAAAAGAAAGCAAUACAAUCGAUGGAUCUGGGAGUCCUGGGGUUAAGGAGGUUGAUUGGGGCUCUUUCUAUGCGGAUUCGUCUGUAAAUGACGGUCAUGGGUUCGGUUCAUACUCUGAUUUCUUCACUGAGUUGGACGGAUCUACAGGAAAUUUACAGGGAAAGGCGGAGGUAGAUGUGGUUGCUGCAGGAAACUUUGUAUCCAAUCCUACAAAUUUAAGUGUUGGUUUAAAUAAUUCGGCAGGUUUCGAGCAACAUCAGGGUGAAGUGAAUCACGUUUCUGAAAAUGGGCAGUACGUGAAUAACAGUCAAUCUUGGGAAAAUCUCUAUCCUGGAUGGAAAUAUGAUGCAAGUACUGGCCAGUGGUAUCAAGUUGAUGGUGGCCAUGAUGCAAGCAUUAUAAAUUCACAGGAGAGCUAUAUUAACCCAGCGAGUAAUUGGGAAAGCGCUGCUUCUACUUAUAACUCGGAUGUUGCAUAUCUGGGAGAGAGCAAAACAUCUGCAGUGGCUGCCACAGCUGAGAGUGUGUCUACCUGGAACCAGGUUUCACAAGUGAGCAAUGGAUAUCCAGAACACAUGGUCUUUGACGCGCAGUAUCCAGGAUGGUACUAUGACACAAUUGCUCAAGAAUGGCGCUCCCUGGACAGCUACAACCAGGCUUCUCAAACAACUGGAAAUAGUCAAGCUCAUGAUCAGCUUUUCUCUCCAAGUACAGGAAGAUCAAAAGAUGGGCGUCCACCACAUGCACUUGUCAAUUUUGGAUUUGGCGGAAAGCUCAUUGUUAUGAAGGAUAGUAGUGGUUCCCUCCAGAAUUCAUCAUUUGGAAGUCAGGGAACUGGAGGAAGCUCUAUAUCUGUCCUAGACUUGGCGGAAGUUAUUUCUGGGAAUGCCUCUUAUUCAAGUCUCGGGGAAGACUCUUCGAGUUACUUUCGUUGUCUGCAUCAACAAUCUCUUCCAGGUCCCUUGGUUGGAGGAAAUGUUGGAAGUAAAGACUUACAUAAGUGGCUUGAUGAGAGAAUUUUACAUUGUGAAUCUUCCGACAUGGACUUUGCUAGAGGGAAGCUUUUAAAAUUGCUUCUUUCUUUGCUCAGAAUAUCUUGUCAGUAUUAUGGGAAACUCCGGUCUCCUUUUGGAACUGAUGCAACGCAAAAGGAAAUGGAUUCUGCAGAAUCAGCAGUCGCUAAACUUUUUGCGUCUGCCAAGAAAGAUGGCGUACAAAAUGGUAGUUAUGCUCCUUUUAGCCAAUGCUUACAUCAUUUACCACCUGAAUCACAAAUGCAAGUAACUGCCUCAGAAGUGCAGAAUCUUCUGGCUUCUGGUAGGAAAAUGGAGGCUCUCCAAUGUGCCCAAGAAGGUCAUUUGUGGGGACCAGCGCUUGUUAUCGCGGCCCAACUUGGGCAACAGUUCUAUGUUGACACUGUGAAACAAAUGGCCCUUCGCCAGCUUGUGCCCGGGUCACCUUUACGGACAUUGUGCCUGCUGGUUGCAGGGCAACCAGCUGAAGUGUUCUCCACUGGAAGUACAAGCGAUAUCAGUUUUCCUGGUUCCAUUAAUGUGGCUCAACAGCAACCCCAGUUUGGAAGUAGUAGCAUGCUUGACAAUUGGGAAGAGAAUUUGGGUAUAAUAACUGCGAACAGAACCACAGAUGAUGAGCUUGUGAUUACUCAUCUUGGAGAUUGCAUGUGGAAAGAAAGGGGCGAGAUAAUUGCGGCGCAUAUUUGCUAUUUAAUCGCGGAUAAGAACUUUGAUCCAUACUCAGAUAGUGCCAGGCUCUGCCUUGUCGGAGCAGAUCAUUGGAAAAAUCCUAGAACUUAUGCAAGUCCAGAGGCUAUACAGAGAACCGAGUUAUUUGAAUACUCUAAGACGCUGGGAAACUCUCAGUAUAUCCUGUUACCGUUUCAACCAUAUAAAGUCAUAUAUGCCCAUAUGCUGGCUGAAGUUGGUAAACUUUCGGCUGCUCAGAAGUACUGUCAAGCAGUAUUGAAAUGCCUCAAGACUGGCCGAUCACCUGAAGUGGAAAUGUGGAAACAGUUUGUUUUGUCACUUGAAGAGAGAAUCCGUUUCCACCAACAGGGCGGGUAUACUGUGAAUUUGGCCCCAGCAAAAUUUUUUGGAAAAGUGCUAAACUUUAUCGAUAGUACGGCACAUCGUGUUGUUGGGGGCAUACCACCUGCACCACUUUCAAGAACAGGAAGCCUUCAGGUAAAUGAGUAUCAUCAUCAACAGCAGGAAUCCACUAAGUUAGCAUAUAGUCAAUCGGUUAAUACAAUGUCAUCAUUGAUGGCACCUGCUUCAAUGGAACCCAUACAUGAUUCGGGUGGAAAUGGGAGGAGAAUGGCAGUACAUACUAGAAGCGUAUCAGAGCCAGAUUUCGGUAGGACGCCAAUACAGGAUAUGGCUGACUCCUCGAAAGAAAUGGCUGGGGUUACACAGUUGAAAGCAUCUGGGACUGUGACAGGUUCGCGGUUUAGUCGCUUUGGUUUUGGCAUGCUAAAGGACACUGUAGGGAGGGUCUUACAAGUUCGAUCAUCCAAAGAGGCAAAAUUGGGCGCAGAAAAUCAAUUCUACUAUGACGAGAAACUAAAGAGAUGGGUGGAGAAAGGUGUGGAACCCCCAGCUGAGGAAGCUGCACUGCCUCCUCCUCCAACAAUAGGCACAUUCCAAAACAACUCAUUGGGUUAUGAAAACAAAUCUGACGUGAAUCCAUCUAGUGGGAGCUGGAGUUCCAGCGGUCCAACUCCGUCAGAGAAUUCUUCAGGAAUCCCACCAGUCUCACAGAGCUCGAAUCAAUUCUCAGCUCGUGGACGUAUGGGUGUACGUGCAAGAUACGUCGACACCUUUAAUCAAGGCCGUGGAAACUCUCAGACCAUGUUUCAGUCACCUUCCAUACAAUCUCCUAAACCACCAAUCCCUGCAAAAGCAAAAUUCUUCAUUCCAGCAACACCUGCAACGUCUUCAAACGGCCAAGUAAUGGAACCUGCUGCUGCUGAAAUCAGACAGGAGGAGAACGCGGCAGAUGAAUUAGUAGCCUCAUCAGGUGCGCCAGCACAAAUGACGAUGCAGAGAUAUCCAAGUAUGGACAACAUCAAAAGAAAUGGAAUGGGAAUAAGCCUCAACGGGGAUCAUCAUCCUCCUCCUGCUUCCAGAAGAACAGCUUCGUGGAGCGGAAACUUCAACACCUCGUUUACGCCUCCAACUAGUCCAUCAACCUUCAAACCAGUUCUACUCAACAGUAGCAGCAGCAGCGUAGGAGAAGAACUUCAGGAAGUGGAACUAUAAGUCACCGGAAAACUGGAAUUUCACAAAGUUUUGGUCGGUGUCGCAGGUAGGAAAGUUCUCGACACAAAAACCAAUCAAUUCCUUGUUGAUCCAUGAGGAAAACAGAGAGCUUAGUGAGCCUCCGUCGUCUUCUUAUUCAAUGAUAGGGGCAGGCAGUAUAAUUGCAUUUUGUAUAGAUGAUUCAUUGCUUCAUUUGGGUUUUGACAAUGGAACCAAAAGUUUGUCUUCUAGAGAGCUGCAAUACUAUAGCUUUUGGCUUUUGCUAAGUAUAUAAUAAGGUCAGAUCUGACCGAAUUUACUUGUAUUAAUUUCUGUUAUUCGUCAAUUUUUAUAUUGUAAGA